AUGGGUGGCGUAGCUAAAGCCGGAGGCCUGGGAAAGCAGGCUCUCCGCGCAUUUCGCAGUUCUCCUUUCAUUCUUUUCCUCUCGGUGCGCAAGGGACUCGAGCCAGUGCUGCUUAGGGAGCUGCGGACCUCGCCCUCUCUUCGCGACAUCUGCGGCAAAGGCGACGCUUCAAGCCGCUCCGAGGCCCCCUCGUUUCCGCGAGAGGACCCUCCCUUCGGCGGCGAAAAGAGAAGAAAUGUCCGCCUCCAGUGUGUGCAGGGCGGCGUCAUUCUUCACGGCGCCGACUGGGAAGUCGCGUCGCGCGUGUGUGCGUACACCCGCGUUGCCGAAGCUGUCUGGUUGCGCCUUGCGCACUCCGGAGGGUGCACCAAUGAGCAGAAACUGGAAACUGCGCUCAGAAAGGUCAAGUGGGAGGAGUUCUUCCCCAAUUCCUCCAUUCUUCCCCUGGUGCCGCUGCGGGUUUCCUCCUUCGCUUCGGCCCUCUGCAACGAACGACGCAUUCGCCAGGUUGUGCGCGAGACGCUGGAGAGAGUGAAUGCGGAGUGCCGGGCGGAGCAAGAAGGAACCCCGCCCUCUGCGACUGAUGCUCACGGGCCCUCCGCGGCGCCCUCUCCGGUUUCGUUGGUAGAGUCGCCUCCCUCAUCUGCGUCCGCUCCUCCGUCUGCGGAGUCGGCCUUUCUGGCGGCGAUGGAACCUGCGCGCCGCCUGAUGGAGGCGCUGAAUUUCCGCUUCUCCGUCACGCUCGCUUCGGAUUCGCUCUUCGUCGACGUGCAGCUCUCCCCACGCCUCACGCCGCGUCCAUAUCUGUAUCUAUCUCGGUUUCUGUCACCGGCCGCGGCUUCGCGAGGUGAGGCAUCUUCAGGUUUCGGCUCUUCGCCGCCUCUGCCGCCUGCGUGCGACAACGAGCCCUCCAACUUUGCCUCGGCAGGAGACGCGAAGACCGCGCCUGACGCCGAGCGCGCCGUCACCUCCCAGGCGGCCUCCGCCGACAGCGACGCCUGCGGGCGCUCCCCGUUCGCGCGCGAUUUGGGCGAGCCAUCUUCUUCUCUGUGGGCUGGUUCGUCGUCUGCGUCGUGCUUCAGCGGCUGGCUUCCUCCCCUCUCCGAGGAGCUCCGCCCUUGUUCGUUUCCCGUCCUGCGGAAGAUGCUCGACGCGCGUGAGCAGAAGCGCCGCGCGCCGGAGACCUUCGCAGACAUCGCUGACUCACCGACCGCCGCGGGCCCGUCGAGAGGUUCUGGGGCCCGUGCGGGGUCGCCGCCGCCGCCCUGGUCGCUGGUGGAGACCUCGCAGGCGAUUCGGCGCCACGGCCAGCUGCGGCUGCUGCGUGAGCGGUACGCCGCCGCUGAACGGGAGGCGCGCGGCGACGCCGCUGAAGCUGCGGCCGAAGCGCGAGAGGCGUGCGGCCGCGCACAGGGCGAAGAAGCGCCGAGAGAAGAGGCCCCUGCUGGGUCGCUUCUAUCGGCAGUCCGCGUCGCCAACGAGGGUGCGGGGGCGCAGGUGCGCGUAGCAGGGGAAAUGGAGAGAGAACGAAUUAUGGCGUUUUGGGACUCAGCAGAGAGACAGCGAGAAAGGGAGGCGAGGGCCCGGGUUCGCCCGCGGUGGCAGAAGAGCGCGUUUGAGAAGCUCCUCGACUCGUUAGCCAAGGCCGAGCAGAUGGCGACAGAAGGAAGCGAGAAGUUCAUGGCGGGCCAAUUGCGUUACGCACAGGGAGGCGUGGAGGACAAGCUCGCUUGCAACUGUGAGACAAAGCGGAAUGUGUCGAGCGGCAGCUUGGCGGGUAGCGCGGUGUCCGCCACGCGAAAUGUCCCUGAAACGGCAUCCAGCUGCUCUCAGCCACCCGCUCCGACUGCAGCUCUUGUUUCUCCGUCUUGCCACGUUCCGUCGGCCGCUCUUCAUUGGGAUCCCCCUCCGUCGGUUUCCUGUGCAGACUCGCCUUCUUCUGCUUCUACCCGGGGUCCUGCUCCUCUCCUCGCUGCGACGUCUGUCUCUGCGCCUUCAUCGCCGGUGUCGCGGUCCUCUGCCUCGCCUAGCCUGCCGCUUCGCUUGCCUAUCGAGGUCGAGCUCCUGCGUCUGCAGCACCUUCACUUUGGGCGGCGACAGGCAGCGGCGCGUGCGGCCGGCCUCCUCCCUCCCGCGGCGCUCGCCUCCGUGUCUGGGCUCGUCGAGGCCUACGAGUCCGACGACGCGAUGGCGGCCGCGGUCGCCCUUGCGAGUGGAAUCAAGCGAGCGUGCCGAAGAGAAAAAGACGUCGUGGUCUGGGACCCCUUCUGCGGCGAUGGCGGCCUGCUGCUGGAGGUCGCUCUACUGAUAAAAGACGACUUCCCAAUUUGCCCGCCGCGCGUGCCCUCGGCACUCGCGCGUCUGCGUGGCGUGCGCGACGCCUGGCCGCGCGCUUCGGCGUCUGCCUCGUCGUCACGAGAGUUACCCGCAUCGCCCUCUUCCCUGAGUAAGUCGCUGGUGUCUGCGUCGGAGUCGCCGGCGUCCGACUUCCGCAGAUGCCAGGGCGCGGUCACACUCGUCGGCUCGGAUGAGCGGGCGCUGCUCCUGCGCGCGGCGCGUGAGAGAGUGAGGAGUUUUUGUGCCUUCUAUUCGCGCGGAGCCGAAUGCGGCAGAAUGAGACGCGCACUCGCAAGCCCGGAGGUCCGUGACGCCGGAGAAGCGCGGGGACAGCCAAUCAUCACUGGGCAAGAAGAGGCGAGCGACCGCGAGCAGACAAAGAGCAGCGAGCCCCUUCGGUCGGCACAGGAAGCGCCCACAACUGGCGAGCUGGAAGACGAGCACGCGACAACAGCUAUCAACCGCCGAGCGGCGAUUCCGAUGUUCACACGAGGGCCGCAGAUUGUGCCUCUGUCCUCUGAUUCUGCGGCCGCGGCGACGCCCGCCGCCGCGCGGGUGCGCGCGGACCUCGACAGCGGGGCACAGGCUAUCUCCUUCGAUCAACUUGUGUACGGCCGCUCCCUUGAAGCCGAAGGAACGGAGACUGAGGACGCGAGCCAAUCAACGCACGCGUCGCCUUUUCCCCGGGCGACAGCAACCAGACAGACGGCGGAGCCGCGCAACCUGCAGGAGGGCGACGCGAAUCAGGCGGGGCGGGGCGACCGGUGUGCAUGCGAUGAGAAGACGCAGGAUGCACCCGAAGCACAGCGAGAAGAACCGCAGAUCUCCGAUCGAGUCUUCACCCCAGACGAAACCGACACAGCGUGGGAAGUAGAGUCGUUUCCUUUCCGAUUUGCGCUGCUUCACGCGUCCCACCAUCACGUGGCAACAUUCCUCAAAGGCGCGUUUAUCUUGACGCGCAUGCCCGGACGACGAGAGGGCGAGUUCAUGGGCUCUGCGCACAAGAAGGCCGUUCUGUUGUACGAGCGCUUUGGCCAUCUGAUCGCGUCUCGCGACGAUUGGCGAGCUGUUUACGUGGUGACAAAGGGAUCCGCCUUCCAGCACUACUCGCGCCUUGACUGGGAGAGAGUCCUCACUUGGCGGGAUGUUAGCGACCAGCCCCUCCAACUUCUCAGAUGGACAGGCAGAAAACGAGCGCUGUAUGCCUCGACGACGAAGGCGGAGCGGGAAAACGUGUUGGAAGAGAUUGACACGCGUCUCGACGCGGCUGACGCGUGA